GUUCGUCCUCCCAGCACUCACUCGCCGAGAUCACGCUGCCUCUCACUCGCUUUCUCUCCUCCUCCUCAUCAUUCCUAUCAGGGAAUCUUCAACCCAGACGGAGAUUGUUGAAGGAGCAAUGGGGCAAUCAGUGUGGAGUUCUUAGGAGAGAAGAUGGAAAAAGGAGGCAUCAUGAACGCCACCGAGUCAGAAGGACUAAUCCCAGGUUACAACAACCGGAGUCAAACUUCCGGAGCCCUGCUCACCAAGGAAGAGCGAGCGGGCCGUCAGGAUUCCUCGGCGGGAUGCUACGAGCAGCUGCUCAUCUCCACCGAGGUCUUCCUAACGCUGGGAAUCAUCAGCCUGCUGGAGAACAUCCUGGUGGUGGUGGCCAUCAUCAAGAACAGGAACCUGCACUCGCCCAUGUACUUCUUCAUCUGCAGCCUGGCGGUGGCCGACAUGUUGGUGAGCGCCUCCAACGCUUCGGAGACCAUCGUGAUCGCGCUCAUCAAUGACGGCAGCCUGAGCAUCCCCGUGACGCUCAUCAAGAGCAUGGACAACGUCUUCGACUCCAUGAUCUGCAGCUCCCUGCUGGCGUCCAUCUGCAGCCUGCUGGCCAUCGCCAUCGACCGCUACAUCACCAUCUUCUACGCGCUGCGCUACCACAACAUCGUCACCUUGAGGAGAGCCACGCUGGUCAUCAGCAGCAUCUGGACCUGCUGCACCGUGUCGGGCGUGCUCUUCAUCGUCUACUCGGAGAGCACCACCGUGCUCAUCUGCCUCAUCAGUAUGUUCUUCACCAUGCUGGUGCUCAUGGCCUCGCUCUACGUGCACAUGUUCCUGCUGGCGCGUCUUCACAUGAAGCGCAUCGCCGCGCUGCCGGGCCACGCCCCCGUCCAGCAGCGAGCCAACAUGAAGGGCGCCAUCACGCUCACCAUUCUUCUGGGCGUCUUCGUGGUGUGCUGGGCGCCCUUCUUCCUGCACCUCAUCCUCAUGAUCAGCUGCCCCCGAAACCCCUACUGCACCUGCUUCAUGUCGCACUUCAACAUGUACCUCAUCCUCAUCAUGUGCAACUCCGUCAUCGACCCCAUCAUCUACGCCUUCCGCAGCCAGGAGAUGAGGAAGACCUUCAAGGAGAUCUUCUGCUGCUCCCACGCCUUCCUGUGCGUGUGAGCGGCCGGCCUCAAAUUUGCCGUUAUCGAUCAGAAGCGAAGGAAGGACGCGGACGCUGGAGUCAUGUGACGUCACACGGCGACAUGGCUGCAUUUUUGCACGACACGGCCUUAAAUGCAACAUGAUGACACAAAAGUAUUGGGACACAUGCAGGAAGCUUAAAAGUGAAGGGAAUGUGGCGCUUUAGACUCUUUCGGGAAGACGAUGUUGGACCCCGGCCCCCAGAGAGGGCCCUCAUACUCGUUCCCGUGACCCCAGGCGGCAAAAUUAUUCUCACGGCACAUCUGACUUGAAAUAUUAUUGCGAAUGUGGCGGUAUUUAUUCAUGAAUCUGUGUCAGGUCCAAUACCUCGAUGAUUGGAUUAGACGAAUAAAA